AUGUCUUUGUAUGAGGAUAUGUUGCUUUGCAAUUAUCGAAAAUGUCGUCUCAAGCUCUCUGGCUAUGCUUGGGUUACUGCCUGCUCUCACAUCUUCUGUGACCAGCAUGGCAGUGGUGAAUUCAGCCGUUCACCAGCUAUCUGCCCUGCCUGCAACAGUACCCUCUCUGGAAAGCUAGAUAUUGUCCGUACCGAACUCAGCCCGUCAGAGGAAUAUAAAGCUAUGGUAUUGGCAGGGCUUCGACCAGAGAUUGUAUUGGACAUUAGCUCCCGAGCAUUGGCCUUCUGGACAUACCAGGUACACCAGGAACGUCUCUAUCAAGAAUAUAAUUUCAGCAAGGCUGAGAGCCAUCUGAAACAGAUGGAAAAGAUAUAUACACAGCAAAUACAGAGCAAGGAUGUAGAAUUGACCUCUAUGAAAGGAGAGGUCACCUCCAUGAAGAAAGUUCUAGAAGAAUACAAGAAAAAGUUUAGUGAUAUCUCUGAAAAACUUAUGGAGCGCAAUCGCCAGUAUCAAAAGCUCCAAGGCCUUUAUGACAGCCUUAGGCUACGAAAUAUCUCUAUUGCUAGCCAAGAAGGUUCCCUGGAACAAGCUACAAUUGCACAGUCUGGUGUCUUUGGCUUUCCAUUAGGGAACAGCUCAAAGUUUCAUUUGGACCGUACACCAGUUGGAAGCCGAGGUGGUGGAGAUGAAGAUGUUCAGUUCAGACCGUUCUUUGUGGAUUCCCCCACCGCACCUGAACCCCUUAACAACUUCUUCAGUUUUACUUCUCAAAGCCAUGAGGCGGAGCAGCAAGUCUGCAGCAGGGCCUUUAAAGCAAAAAGAAUUUAG